AUGGAAGAGGCUAAGAGAACGGAAGGGCCGGACUGCAUCCAAGCCCGACUCCCCAACAGCGCCCCUUACGGACGGCUGCCGAGCCGGCAUGGCUCCCGUGAGUCCCUGCUGCCGGCACCGAGUGCAGCUGAGCUGGAUCUGAGUGGCGAGGACGUAGUGAUCCGCCCGUUGCACAGCAGCAUCCUGGGCGAGAAGUUCUGCUUCCAGAUAAUCAAUGCUGAGGGGAGCCGCUGUUUCGGCUGCACGUCGGUGGCUGAGCGGGACCGGUGGAUUGAGAACUUACGCAGAACCGUGCAGCCCAACAAGGACAACUGCGAGCGUGUGGAGAACACCCUUAGUCUCUGGGUGUACGAGGCCCGAGACCUGCCCCCCAAGAAGCGCUACUUCUGCCAGCUGCACCUGGAUGGCGCCCUGUACGCCCGCACUACGGCCAAGGCAGCGGGUGCGGACGGGGCACUCUUCUGGGGCGAACUCUUUGAGCUGGCCACGCUGCCUGCCGCACGGGAGCUGCACAUCGGCGUGCUGCGGGAGGAAGAGGGGCGGCGGCGGGAGGCCAGCCCCCUGGGCACCGUGACCAUCCCACUGGGGGAGCUGGCCGCCUCGCGCCAGCCCUUGGAGAAAUGGUACCCUCUGUGUGGAGCUGCCCCCAGCCGGGCACCUGCUCUGCGGCUGCGUGGACGCUACCAGGAGAUCCAGGUGCUGCCCAUCGUGAGCUACAAGGAGUUCGCCGAGUAUAUCACCUUCCACUACCGGGAGCUGUGUGCCGGGCUGGAGCCUGCUAUUGCUGUGCGCCACAAAGAAGAACUUGCCAGUGCCCUGGUGCACGUGCUGCAGAGCACGGGCAAAGCUAAGGCAUUUCUCAUCGACCUGGGGGUGGCGGAGCUGGACCGCUUCGACGACAGAGAGGCACUGAUCUUCCGCGAGAACACACUGGCGACCAAGGCCAUCGACGAAUACAUGAAGCUGGUGGGGGGGCAGUACCUGCUGGACACACUGGGGGAGGCUAUUGCCCAGUUGUACGAGUCGGAGGAUAGCUGUGAAGUUGACCCCAGCAAGUGUGCAGCCAAUGACCUGUCUGACAACCAGAACAACCUGCGGCAGGCGUGUGAGGAGGUCUUCCAGAGAAUCAUCAACUCCUGCGACGCCUUCCCAGCGGAGCUCAGCGAGAUCUUUGCAGCGUGGCAGGGGGAGUGCCUGGAGCGGGACAAGGAGGACAUUGGGCAGCGACUCAUCUCGGCCUCGCUCUUCCUGCGCUUCCUGUGCCCGGCCAUCAUGUCCCCCAGCCUGUUUGGCCUCACCCAGGAGUACCCAGAUGAUGCCACCUCCCGCACCCUCACCCUGGUGGCAAAAGUCAUCCAGAACCUGGCCAAUUUUGCUACGUUCGGUGAGAAGGAGGCGUACAUGGGGUUCAUGAACGAAUUCCUGAAGCACAACUGGAGCCGCAUGAAGUCGUUCCUGCAGAGCGUGGCCAACCCUGACUGCAGUGCCCACCUGGUGGCUUACGACGGCUAUGUGGACCUGGCGCUGGAGCUCUCCACCCUGCACUCGCUGCUCUGCGACAUAUUCACCGGCCUGGACCAGCGAACGAGGGAGCAGUUAGAGCCCCUGCCGACCAUCCUCAAUGCCAUCAAAGAGGGGACGCCAGUGCCUGUCUCCAUCAAACUUGGCCCCGGCAUGGACAGAUUUUCUGGCUACAGCUGCCUGUGA